GUCAUACUGUCCCCUCCCCUCGCCAUUAUCUGGGGAAUAAUUCACUAGAAUAAUAAGAUUUUCUUGUUUGUAAAAAUUAAUGUGAGUUUUUUAUUUAUUUAUUUUUGCUUCAGACUGUAAGGUGGAAAUUUCUUUAUAGAAUUUAUUAUCGGUCCACUUGACAACCACUACGGUGAUUUAGAAACAGGGAAAAAUACUCAUAUGAAAUGUUUGACAUUUCUCUCAAAGGACCCUCAGCCGUUAUUAUCAAGGUUUUCUGCGGUAUUAACAGAAGCUUACGUGUCGCCCUCAUUCAAGUAAACGCUUCUCCAAAAAAGUGAAGCGAGGCGCCGCCUCCCUCCACUCCACAACGGUGGUGGAAUAUUCUCUCGUUCGGAAUGACACUCUUCCAGGAUUUCUGAGUUUAAAUAUUCCCUCUUUAAGGCACUGACAGCGUAAACUGAGGACUGAGAUGUGCUGGUCCUAAAUUCAUAUCUUCAGAAAGUCUUCUACCACAGACACACAAUGGCAUCCAAUAUAAUUGUGGAACAACAAUUUUCUCACAAAUUUACAGUGACAGUAAUUCGAGCUGAGAGUGUGACCAAAGGAGCACUUGGGGACUUGUUGGACACACCAGAUCCAUAUGUGGAGCUGUUCAUUCCGACAGCCCCAGAAAGCAGAAAGAAGACCAAGCACAUUGACAACAAUAUCAAUCCGAGAUGGAACGAGACAUUUAAUUUCAUAGUAGACCCCAACCUGCAGAACGUCCUAGAGGUUACAUUAAUGGACGCCAAUUAUGUUAUGGAUGAAACCCUUGGGACUGCUUCCUUUGAUAUCUCCAAACUCAAAGUUGGCCACAAAAAGACGGAGACCUUCCUCAUUGGCAAAGCGACCAAGGUCUACUUAGAGAUGUUCCUGGAGAUAUGCACCAAUUUAGAUCUACGGUUUAGCCUGGCUCUGUGUGAGAACGAGAAGCGUUUCCGGCAGACUCGUAGAGAAAGAGUGAUGCUGGGCAUCAAGAAGCUACUGGACAUGGAAAAGCCUCGAGUCCUUCCCAGUUCACCAGAAGAGGUACCAGUAAUUGCAAUCUCUGGUUCAGGAGGUGGUUUUCGUGCCAUGGUCGGCUAUUCGGGUGUUAUGAAGGCCCUGUUUGAGUCUGGAGUCCUAGAUUGUACAACAUAUAUUGCCGGUCUCUCUGGAUCCACCUGGUACAUGUCCACCCUCUACUCCCACCCUGAAUUUCCAAACAAAGGCCCAGAAGAGAUCAACAAGGAACUGAUGAACAGAGUCAGUAGUAAUCCAUUACGACUUUUGCUGCCCCAACAUAUAAAAAACUACAUCCAAGCUCUUUGGAUAAAGAAGGCUUCAGGACAGCCGGUCACCUUCACUGAUAUUUUUGGUAUGCUCAUCGGAGAAACCCUUAUACCUGCGAGGAUGGACAUCAAGUUGAGUGACAUUCAGGAGAAAAUAAACCAGGCACAAAGUCCUCUUCCUCUCUUCACCUGUUUGCAUGUCAAGCCAGAUGUCUCUGAGCUCAUGUUUGCAGACUGGGUGGAGUUCAGUCCUUAUGAAAUUGGAAUGGCAAAGUACGGCACUUUUAUGACACCUGACAUGUUCGGAAGCAAAUUUUUCAUGGGAACAGUUGUCAAGAAAUAUGAAGAAAACCCUCUUCACUUCCUAAUGGGUGUGUGGGGCAGUGCCUUCUCCAUUCUUUUUAACAGAGUGCUUGGGGUAAACGAUACCGCCGGAGGCUCAACAAUGGAGGAGGAGCUAGAGCAGAUCAAACCACAACAAAUUGUUGGCGAAGACAGUAUAGACAACGAGGAUGAACCUCGCAAAGGUGGCACAGAGAACCAGGAGGCAGAGGACGAGUAUCAUCGCACUGCUCAAGCCAGCUGGGUUCAAAGGAUGUUUACUUCGCUCUUCAGUGAUUCAGUUUUAUUCAACACCAGAGAGGGCCGAGCUGGCAAGGUGCAUAACUUCAUGUUGGGACUGAACCUGAACACCAGCAUGCCUUUUUCUCCUGUCAAUGGGCUGAUCUGCUCUGCACCUACACCAGAGGAGGAGGUGGAUGCUGUUACAGACCCGGAUGAGUUUGACCGUAUCUACGAGCCUCUGGAUGUGAAGAGCAAGAAGAUCCACGUGGUGGACAGCGGCCUGACCUACAACCUCCCGUAUCCUCUCCUUCUGCGACCCCAACGUGGCGUUGAUCUUAUCAUCUCCUUUGAUUUCUCCGCACGACCGAGUGACUCCAGCCCACCUUUUAAGGAGCUCCUGUUGGCUGAAAAGUGGGCUCGGAUGAACAAGCUUCCGUUCCCGAAAAUUGAUCCAAAAGUCUUCGACCGAGAGGGCCUCAAGGAAUGCUACGUGUUCAAACCCAAAAAAGGCGAGAAGAACUGCCCAACCGUCAUCCACUUUGUCCUGGUGAAUAUCAACUUCAGGCAGUUCAAAGCGCCUGGUGUACCAAGAGAGACAGAGAAGGAGAAGGACUUUGCAGACUUUGACAUCUUUGACGACCCAGAGUCGCCAUUCUCCACGUUCAACUUCCAAUACUCUAAUGAGGCUUAUACCCGACUGCACGACCUCAUGGAGUUCAACACUCUCAACAACUUGGAGGUGAUCAAAGAUGCCAUCAAGGAUCGCAUUGUUUCUCGGAAGGAGAAUCCUUCCAACGCCACGUUGCCCUUCUCCCUCAGUGAGAUCCCCAAGAAGUUUCUCAAAAGGAAUCUUCAAGUCAAACCCUGGAAUCAAUAUGGAACCAACAAGAAGUAAACAGUUUGAAGAUGAAGACUUUGCAUUGACUUCUUGAUUCCGUUUAACAUUUUCUUUUUGACCUUGUAUGUUUAGUCAUGACAUUGAUGCUAAUUUGGACCGAAAUGGGAUUUUGUAAGGAACUGUGACAUUUACUGGUUAGAGUUUAAGAAACACACUGAUAAUUCACGUGUGUAAUUUGCACAUAUUUGGAAAACGUUUGCGGAUCAGAAACGCCUGAUAUUUGGUGUCCUCCUGGCUGAGACUGGAUGUCAACACUAUAGAAUAUGUGAGCAACAAGAUAUUAAUGCAUAGAAAUGCUUUUAUAAAGGGACUAUACGGAGUUCGUCACUUUUUUUUUUUUUUACUGGCGACUGCUACCUCCGGCCUGAAGCGUAACUGCAGUCUUUGUCAAGCUUGUGCAUGGCACAAACAUAAAGCAACGAUUGUUUGGCCCAUCAAAUCAGCAGGGAAAACAUAAAAACAGUUAGUAGCAAGUCUUAAGUGGGUUAGAAAAGUGUUUUUGCCAAAUGGAGACUAGGCAGCGGCUCGGUGAAACACCAGUGGGACGCCCAGAGUGGUGGACCCGAAGUCUCUCUUUUGCAAGUAAGAAAAAGGUUUUUUUUGGCAGUCUCAGUUAAAAUAUCAGGGCUCUGUGGACCUAAGUCUCAAUAUCCUCCGUUAAACUUUAAACGACCAGAUAUUUUAACUGCUAUUAUGCUUAGAUGAGCAACCUACGCUCACAUCUCGCCUGCUACAUAUGAUAUGAAAUUCUAUCCAGAGCCAUUUAAAUGCACUGUAAGAAGCCUUGUACUGUAUCUAUUUGUGGGCUGAACAUCCUUGCAGCUUUAUCCUGCCAUGACAAUAUACAACACUUCUUUUUACCAGCAGAAUGACUCGUCUAAACAUGAUUGAUAUCAUGUAAGAGAAGCUUGUAACCAUUUGUUUAAUGGCAACUUCUAAACACACCGAUAUUUCAAUGUUGUUUACUCACCCAAAAGGGUGGGAAAGGGGCGUGCCUCAUAUUCAUACGACCUUUGUAACAAAACAACACAUGUUGCCAUAGAAACGACCUUACUUAUACUCUCUACAUUAAGAUUAAAGGUGCGUUUAUUUUCCUGAGUGUGUUGUUUCAGCUUUCUUUUUGUUCCGGAUUUGUCAAGUUUGCCUUCCGUGGCCAUUUCCUGAACCAGCCUCAGUGGCUUUUGUGCUCCUUAAAUUGAAUAUCAGGUCAGAUGAGGAAUCAUGCUGAAUCAAUCCCAAUGUAACACAUUAAAACUGUUAAAAUUCUCUGUGUCCAAGCAACUGAACGAGACCCCAACCAAAAAAAGGUCAGUUGCAGGGAAGGCAAGGUUGUGAGAGGGCAUCAUAAACUGGCAGCUCCCAUUGAUGGAAUUUUACACACUACACCUACACCUCUAGCAUUGAGGGCCUGGAAUCUGACAUAUUACACCGAUACCCUCAGGGGCUCAAAGGCUGGAAUUUUACUCUGAAAUGCUUCCGACCACUAUUGUACUCAUGUUUCAGGACUCUGCUUUGGAAGCUAUCCAGCAGAAAAAAAAGAAGAAAAAAAAACAUUCAGGCUUGUUAACAAAGGGUUUGCGAAAUGUGCUGAUUUGUUCACUUUUGAAACUUUUAAUUUUAUAUUAUUUUCAAGAGGGAGUGCAUUCGAAAUGGAAAUGAGUGUGUAACAUUGAUGGAAACUAGAUUUUUAUAAGGGUUUCAGUGUACGUGAUUUUUUGUAGAUUCAUUUUUUGGACAUCACGGUCCAAGCUGUUUAAAGUAAUUAUUUUGACAUUGCUGCUGUCGAGAGAACUGCUAAUCACACAAUUGAUCACAUUAUUGGAAUUAGUUAAUUAUUUAGGUCUAUUCUUUGUGAAAGUGUAAAGUGCACUGAAUUGCACCUACUGGUUUGUUGGUGAAUGACAACCGUAUGUAAAGGAAUCAAACACAAUAAAUAUAAUGGGAACAAAACAUAUAAAUGUUGCC